GUGGAUAUAUAAACCAGUCUGAGUCUUCACUUCUUGAAUCUCAAGUUCCUUCCAUCUUCCAUCUUCCAAUCUGCUCACAAUAUGCCCAUCUGCAACCACUCAAAGUCCUUCGCCCAGGACAAGGACAUCCCAUCCCUCGCCGGCAAGGUCAUCCUCGUCACCGGGGGCAAUGUCGGUCUCGGCAAGCAGGCCGUCCUUGACUUUGCUAAACACGGACCGCGCCAGAUAUGGAUCGCCUCGCGCAAUGUGGACAAAGCUCGUGCUGCAGCGGCCGAGAUUGCGCAACAGGUCCCCGAUGCCUCGUCCUGCCUCAAGCUUCUCGAGCUCGACUUGAGCUCCUUUGACUCCAUUCGGAGGGCUGCAAGCAAGUUCAUGGCUGAGUCCCCUCGUCUUGACAUCUUGAUGCUCAAUGCUGGCAUCAUGGCUGUGCCUCCAGGACUCACAGAGGACGGUUACGAGAUGCAGUUCGGAACCAACCACAUGGGGCAUGCCCUCCUCGCCAAACUCCUGCUUCCCACUCUCGAAGCCACCGCAGCGGCCUCGCCGGACGUGGAUGUGCGUAUUGUGUCAAUGUCGUCGUUCGGUCACACCCAAGUGCCCAAAGGUGGCUUCCGCUUCGACAUGCUCAAGACCACCGCUGAGGAUCUUGGAGCGUACGGAAGAUACUACCAAAGUAAGCUUGCCAAUGUGCUUUGGAUAUGUCACUUGGCCAAGGUACAUCCUAAUCUUACGGUGGCCGCGAUCCAUCCUGGCCUGGUGCGCACCCAACUCAUGGAGGGUGCAACGGCCACGCCUUGGAUCGUCAGGACUCUUACCAAAGUGGGCGGUGCGCUGCUCACUCCAGUCGACCAGGGCGUGAAGAAUCAGCUUUGGGCGUCGGUGUCGAAGGAUGUUGUGAGUGGAGAGUACUAUGAGCCGGUUGGAGUUGUUGGAAAGGCAAGCGAGGAUGGGAGGGACGAUGCGUUGGCCGAGGAGCUAUGGAAUUGGACGGAGGAUGAGCUGAAAGCAUUCGAGUGAGGUCCCUGGACCGACCAGGUAUGGAUAUCGUGGGGUUUGGUUUCUUGGGUAGCGGUAUAGGCCUGCACGCUUAAGUGAUAGUAAGGCGACAGCUGCAUCGAACAUGCUGAAGUGGUCACAAGAUGUAACUAUUAGUCACUCAGACUCUAAAAUCAAUUGGAAGGUUUGAAACACUCAAUUUGAGGGUAUGAGGAAGCCAAUGUGUUGGCCAUCGAGAGUGUUUGCUGACCAGAACUGGUUGUCGACGCUUACAUGUAGACAUGACCGCGGUUCAACGCCGCACACUUGGCAGUUUCAUGUAAUGAAAAUCCUUAUAUACGUCGAUCCAUUCAACACAGAUCGAAAAUUGCCAACAGAGGGGCGGAAAGCUG